UUCCCCGGUAAAUCAACGACUUGGCAAUUACCACAACUAUCCCAUGCUUCACCCAACCUAGUUUUCGCUCAAACAGCCUGGUCUGUUCAGACUGUAAGAAAACUCUGCGAUCACUCUAUGGAUCAGCAUCGGCUACCUGAAUACAUAAUAGAGGUUUUCGCCGAUCCGAGCUCAGUGAAAGAUGUAGUGCGGGGUAUUCUCCACACUGUAUUUUUUCACCGAUUCUUUUCAUCACUACGACCAAAAACUCGUGAUGUUCUUGACUUGACAUUGCCCUUUGUUGACGAUGUGGAAUUGGAAACUUUAAUCGACCAGCGGACUGCGGCCCUUAUCAAACAGCUGGACACAAAGAGCGAUACUGCGAGCCGGAAUGGGGGAGUACGGGGCAUGAUUUUUGUUCAAUUCUUCGAAAAGAAACGUAGAAAAGCGUGGUUUACAAAAGGAGAAGAGGAAGUAUGCUGGGAGCAAUGGACUCUUGACGUCACACUUGCUACGCCCCAAACAGAACCUGAGAGAGCAAAAGUUAGGCAGGCUAUGGAGCAAAUGCUGUUAAAAGCUGCGAUGAAGAUAGUUACAGUCGUAAACCGCGAGAAAGAUCAUAUUCCACCUAUAACGACUAGCGAGAGUAAUCCUUUUCCUUAUCAAAUAGUAGUUAAUUCGAAGGAAAGCGGAUGGGGAUCGCGGAUGGGUAUACUGUGA